AUGCUGUUGGCGCUCGCCGCGCUAGUGUUCCUGGUGCUACUGCUGGUGGUGUGGCCGCGCCGGCCGGCCGGCGGCCCGCCCGGUCCCACGCCGGUGCCCGUGCUCGGCACAUUGGCAUUCCUAGGCGCGCGCACCCGCACCGAGCUGUUCAACACGCUGCAGACUCUCUCGGAGCGCUACGGCCACGUGGUGGGGUUUUUCGCCGGCGCCACGUACCACGUGUAUGUGGAGGGUUUGGCGGCAGCGCGGCGCGCUAUGGCCGAGCCGGCGGCGCACGGACGCGCCGCGGGCUCCGCUCAGAUGGCCCUGUCGUUCGGCCGGCCGCGCGGAGUGAUCGUGGCCGAGGGAGACCGCUGGAGGACCAACUCGGCCUUCCUCUACGCCACCCUGGAGGAGAUGAUCAGCUCCGGCGAGGCAGAGCGGUUCAUCUGCGAGGAGCUGACGCGGCUGUGCGACCGGCUGCGACUGGGCACGGGCAGCGCGGUGCCCGUCCAGUCGCUGUUCCGGCAGCCGUACGUGGCGCUCAGCUGGCGGAUCGUCACCGGGUGUCGGCUGCCCGAGCAGCAGGCACAGCGGCUGACCGCCCUGCUAGCCGCCGAGCUGGCCGGACUGCAGAACGGCUGGGUGGACAGUCCGCUGCUCCGCCGGCUCGCCCCCGAGCGCAGCGGGUACGCAGAUGUGCUCCGCUUCAGAGACGAGCUGCGAGCCACGUUCGCCGCCACCGUCAGCGACUCGCGCUACCGGGACGGCACGCUGGUGGCGCGACUGCGCGCUAAGCGCGGCCCCGGCUGGCGGCCGGCAGACGACCAGGACCUGGUCAUGUUCCUGUUCGACUUCCUGAACGCCGGCUGCGAGACGACGAGCUCCUUCGGCGAGUGGUCGCUGCUGUACCUGCUGCGGGAGCCGGCCGAGCUGGGAGCCGUGCGCGCCGAGCUCGACACGCUGGGCUUCCUGGCGCGCGGCGCCGACAUGGUCCGGCUGCCGCGCACGCGCGCCUUCCUGUCAGAGGUGAUGCGGCGCUCGUCUCUGACGCCGGCCAGCGUGCCGCACCGGGCCACGGCGCCGCUCACCAUCGAGGGGUUCUCGGUGCCUGAGGACGCCGUGCUGCGGUACGGCAUCCAGUCCACCCACUGGGACGGCCGGCUGUGGCCGCAGCCGGAGCUGUUUCGCUCGCAGCGCUUCCUGCGGGACGGUCAGUUUGUGUCCAGCGAUGACCUGGCGCCGUACGGCGUGGGCGCGCGCCGGUGCACGGGUCGCCGACUGGCCGAGCUGUACACCUUCCUCAUGGUGAGCUGGCUGGUGCAGCAGCUGGACGUGAUGCCGCCGCCCGGACAGAUGCCGCCCGACGAGGACGCCGAGAUCGCGCUCACUCGCAACUGUCUGCCGUACCGAGCCGUGUUCAGACCGCGGGCCGACGGCGGACUCGGCGGCGUGAGGACGCAGUGA